UUGCACAAAUUGUGUCUAUGCUAUGAAUAGCUCACACUUCUCAACACCACCAAUAAAAUGAGCUCCCCUUGUCCUCCUCAUUAGCUUUUUUUCAGUUUCUCUCUCUCUCAUUCAUACACACAUUGUUGGAGUGAUUGAAACCUCUCUUCUUGCCUCGUCUCCUCUCCUUUCCUUCUUUUAGACGACUCUUCAGCUCACAAGAAACACCCAGAAGGCUCUAUAUAUUGUGCUCUAGAACUGAUCAAAACCACUGAUUAAUUUUUUAGGCUGAAAAAACACUGAUUACUUCAACAAUGGUGAAUGACUAUGUGGGUCUCUUGGUAUUAUGCUCUGUUCUUGUUUUUGCUUUUGGGUCUUCAACAAACCUACCAAUUCUAUCAUUUGAUGAAGGGUAUUCACAGCUUUUCGGUGAUGAUAAUCUCAUGGUCCUUAAGGAUGGAAAAAGAGUUCACAUCUCUCUAGAUGAAAGAACAGGUUCUGGGUUUGUUUCUCAAGACCUUUAUCUUCAUGGAUUCUUUAGUGCUUCCAUUAAGCUACCUGCAGAUUACACAGCUGGUGUUGUUGUUGCAUUUUAUAUGUCAAACGGAGACAUAUUUGAGAAAAACCAUGAUGAGUUAGACUUCGAGUUCUUGGGGAAUAUCAGAGGCAAAGAUUGGAGGAUUCAGACCAAUGUUUAUGGCAAUGGAAGCACAAACGUUGGCAGAGAAGAAAGAUAUGGCCUCUGGUUUGAUCCUUCAGAAGAUUUCCAUCAAUACAGUAUCCUGUGGACUGAGAAUCAGAUUAUUUUUUAUGUCGACAAUGUUCCCAUUAGAGAGAUCAAAAGGACAGAGGAAAUGGGUGGGGACUUCCCCUCCAAGCCAAUGUCUUUGUAUGCCACAAUCUGGGAUGGAUCAAACUGGGCUACUAAUGGAGGCAAAUACAAAGUCAAUUACAAAUAUGCCCCUUAUAUUGCCAAAUUCUCAGACCUCGUCCUUCAUGGCUGUGCAGUUGAUCCAAUUGAACAGUCAUCUAAGUGCGACAAUGUCCCAAACUCUGAAGCAAUCCCUACUGGUAUCACACAUGAGCAAAGAAUCAAAAUGGGGCACUUCAGAAAGAAGCACAUGCAGUAUUCUUAUUGCUAUGAUAAGACUCGAUAUACGGCUCCUCCAUCAGAAUGUGUCAUUGAUCCCCAAGAAGCUGAGAGGCUCCGAGGUUUUGAUCCGGUUACAUUUGGUGGAGGCCGCCACCAUCAUGGCAAGCGACACCACCGGAACCGAUCAAGCCGGGCUGAGGGAACAUCCAUUUGAUGAGAAGGCUGUAACCUCUGUAUCUUGACAUGCUCAUUACUGUCAUAUUACUCUUCAUUUCAAUUUUAUUGGUGUCAGUUCUUUACUGUGAAUAGAGAAGGAGAGUGCAUAGAGUCAUUGAGGGUCAUAGGAUAUUAUAUGGGACAUGAUCAUGAAUAGGGUAUGUAUAUAUUUCAUACCUUUAGGUUCCCCAAGCCAUAUUCCCAUUGUUGUUGUCUGUGUUUAUAAAUUUCUCAUGAUUACAAUAAAAAUUUAUUACUGCAUGGUGUCAUUAUUAUAUUUGUGGUGGGUGUAGUUUUCCAAUUUUCAAAGGGUUUAA